AUGGAUGGUGACGGAAACAACGCGUUGAUCGCAGCACAGCCGAAUCAAGUUGCGGCGGUGCCUGCAUAUCAGCUGGCGGCGAAUGAGAAUCUAGGAGCAGUGAUUGCUCAAGUGCAAUUUAAUGGCGAUAACUAUGACGAGUGGGCUCAAGCGAUAAGAUCGGCGCUUCGAGUCAAGAAGAAGUUUGGUUUUGUGGAGGGAUAUGUGGUGAAACCUCAGGAGAAUGCACCGGACUUUGAAGAUUGGAUGUCUGCAAAUUCCAUGGUGUCUCUUUGGAUCCUCAAUACCGUGGAUCCAAAGAUAAGGAGAACUCUGGAGAACAAGGAGAAUCCAAAGGAGCUUUGGAAGGAGAUCAAAGAUAGGUUUUCUGAAGGGAAUGGACCAAGAAUUCAGGAAAUCAAAUCUCAGCUGGCACAACUGAGACAAGGUAGUCUCAACGUAAUUGACUAUUAUGGAAAGCUCCAUAUGCUGUGGGAAGAUCUUGCGAACUAUGAACCAUCACCUCGCUGCAGCUGUGGGAAUUGUGUUUGCAAUCUGAACACAGAGAUUGAAAAGAAAAGAGAAGAUGAUCAUAUCCAUCAUUUUCUGUUGGGACUUGAUGAUACGAUCUAUAGAGCGGUGAGAGCCUCCAUAAUAAGUACUGAUCCACUUCCAAACAUGAAUCAGGUGUAUGCCAAAGUGAAGUCGGUGGAGAGGAUCGAUACCGUGACAAGGGGAAGAGAGAAUCAGAGUUCGCUAGUGGCGUUUGCGACUCAAGCCCGAAGCGGUACUUUCCUCAGUCCUGAAGAAAAGAAAAAGCUUGUGUGCACAAGCUGUAAGAGAAACGGGCAUACGGCUGAGACCUGUUUCAAAGUGAUCGGAUUUCCCUCUUGGUGGGGAGACAGACCACGUCAGAGUGGACGUGGUGGUGGAGGAGGACGCGGAGUAGGACGUGGUCGUGGAGGAAGUGUGGCACAUGCCAAUGCUGCCAUGGUAAGCGUUCCAGGAGAAACCAGUGGAGAGGCAGAGAGGCAUGGAUACACCGGUCUAACCAAUGACCAGUGA